AUGGAAGGAGAGCCAGUUAAGAAGUUAAAACUUAGCACAGGAGAAGGUCUAUCUAAGCUUCCAAACGGAAUGCCUAUUCCUGCUACUUUGCCCCCAGAGCAGCCUAAUAUAAGACCAAAACAGACAAAAGAAGAAAAGAAAACCCAGAGAAGAGUUUUUAGAAAAUCUGGAGAUGAAGAAUGGACUGAUCCCACUAUGGAAGACUGGCCAGAAAAUGACUAUCGAGCUUUUGUAGGGGAUCUAGGUAGCGAAGUCACAGAAGAGAAGCUAAAAAAUGCAUUCAGGAAAUAUCCUUCUGUCCUGAAAGUAAAAAUUGUCCUAGACAAGAGAUCAGGGGAAAGUAAAGGAUAUGGGUUUAUAAGUUUUGGGUCAGUUGAUGAUUACAUAAAAGCUAUGAAAGAAAUGAAUGGAAAAUAUAUUUGCAAUAGGCCCAUACGUCUUUUGAAAAGCGACUGGAAGAAAAGGGCUCUGUUUAAACACUAA